AUGACAGAAAUCAGGGGAAUUCAGCCCAAAAACUGCGGGAACAGACGGGGGCGGCUGGGCGUGGCCAGGCCCAGGUGUGACAGUGGGCGUGUCCCCAGGAUCGGAGUGGGCGGGCGGCGAGGCGCUGGGCGUGGCCAGAGCUCAGGGUGGGCGUGGCCAGGCCCAGGUGUGACAGUGGGCGUGUCCCCAGGAUCGGAUUGGGCGUGGCCGAGGCGCUGGGCGUGGCCAGAGCUCAGGGUGGGCGUGGCCAGGCCCCGGUGUGACAGUGGGCGUGUCCCCAGGAUCGGAUUGGGCGUGGCCGAGGCGCUGGGCGUGGCCGGGGCCCAGGUGCUGAUCAGCUCCCGCCGGGCCCAGAACGUGCAGAGAGCCGUGGAGCGGCUCCGGGGGCGGGGCCUGCAGGUGAGCGGGGUCACGUGUCACGUGGGGCGCGCCGAGGAACGGGAGAGGAUGGUGCAGGCGGCCCUGGACACGUUUGGCGCCAUCGACAUCCUGGUGUCCAACGCCGCCGUCAAUCCCCACUUUGGCCCCGCCCUCGAGGCCGACGAGAGCACCUGGGACAAGGUGUUCCAGGUGAACGUGACGGCGGCGGCCAUGUUGGUGCGGCUGGUGGUGCCGCACAUGGAGAAACGCGGGGGCGGGGCCAUCGUGCUGAUGUCAUCGAUCGCCGGCUACCAGCCAAUGACGGGGCUGGGCCCGUACAGCGUCAGCAAGGCCGCCCUGCUGGGGCUCGUGGCCGCGCUGAGCCCGGAGCUGCUCCCCGCGGCAUCCGCUGUUAACGGGCGUCGCCGCCGGGCUCGUCCGCACCGCUUCAGCGCCGCCCUCUGGGAGGACGAGGCCACGCGGGAGCGAGCGCUGAGAGAGCUGGGAGUGCAGAGGCUGGGCACCCCUCAGGAGGUGGCGCAGGCCGUGCUGUUCCUCGUGUCCCCCCAGGCCUCCUACGUGGCCGGGCACACCCUGCUGGUGGCCGGGGGGGCGCGGCCUCGCCUCUGACCACGCCCACACGCAAAUCCAUGCAAAUUAGCUCGGGAAUGAAGUGGGUUCUAUCGAAAAUCUGCCCCAAAAUCUGCCCAAAAUUGCCCCCAAAAUCUGCCCCAGAAAUGUCCUAAAAUUGCCCCAAAAUUGGCCAAAUUUAUCCCAAAAUCUGCCCCAGAAAUUGUCCCAACA